GCUACCUGCGGGUGCUGCUCAGUGGAGGGUGAUAGAGACCGAGAGAGAAAGAGAGAGUCCUGGAUGGAGAACUACAGCUCACUCUCCCGUAUCCAAGCCUUGUUUCGGAUUUGUUUGGCUUCAGCACUGAAGUGAACGGGGAGCGGUACCGAUAAGAUCGAGAUUAGAAGGAUGUGGUAGGACUGUUGGGACCUUGUAGCGGAGACAAGAGAAAACAUCAAAGCGUGUGAGUGUGAGAGCGUUCCGGCUGUUCCGAAGAAAGGGGGGUGAACUUCAGGUGCCCACCCCUCCAGGGUGAGCUCGACUUCGUGGUGAUGAUGAGUCGCGAUGUGGCAUGGCUGUCCUGCCUGCAGCUGCUGUGUGGCAUGUCCAGCCUGUGGGCCUAUCCUUUCCGACCCCCAUUGGACCUGGACAUCACUCCCAGAACCACUGUCCUCUCAAAUGGGCUGUGGGGAUGUAGGCGCUUCAGUGGCACAGCACUGAACUACAGCACGCUGUUGCUGGAGGAGGAGGCUGGAGUGCUAUAUGUUGGAGCCAGAGGGGCUCUGUAUGCCCUGCAGGCCGAUAAUAUCUCCAACUUCAGUCGGACGAUUGACUGGGAGGCACCAGAAGAUCAGAAGCAGCUCUGCCUUAACAAAGGGAAAGACAACAAGACAGAGUGUUUUAACCAUAUCCGCUUCCUGCAGAGAUUCAACAGCACUCACUUAUAUACUUGUGGGACUCAUGCAUUCAGCCCCCUGUGUGCUUAUAUUGAUGAUAAAGACUUUAGGAUUUCCUCUGUGUUUGAGGAAGGUCGGGAGAGGUGCCCUUAUGACCCUGCUAAAGGCUACACCGGCCUGCUUAUUGAUGGGCAAAUUUACACAGCGUCUCAGUACGAGUUCUGGAGCUCUCCAGACAUUCGCCGGAACUCGCCAAACCCCACACUGAGGACAGAGGAGGCCCCCACACGCUGGCUUUAUGAGGCUGACUUUGUGGGCUCUGCGCUGGUGAGAGAGACUGUGAACAGCUCUGUGGGAGAUGACGAUAAGAUCUAUUUCUUUUUCACGGAAAAGAGUCAGGAACACAGUCCAUACUUCAGCCACAGCAGGGUGGCGCGGGUGGGCCGCGUGUGUAAGAGUGACAGAGGAGGUCUUCUGACCCUACAGAAGAAGUGGACGUCCUUCCUGAAGGCCCGGCUGGUGUGCUCUCUGCCUGAUUAUGAAUUCCACUUCAACGUGUUGCGCAGUGUGUUCGUGCUGGAGGGUCUCAGGACUCAGGACACAGUGCUUUAUGGCAUCUUCGGACUGGAGUGGAAAAACGUCAAAGCUUCAGCCAUCUGCCGCUAUUCCAUGACUGAUAUCCAGCAGGCCUUUGACGGGCCCUACAUGGAGAGUCAGGAGGACACCAGUGCCAAAUGGACAGAGUACUCAGGGAAGGUGCCUGAGCCGCGGCCUGGCUCGUGCAUCACGGAUCGGCUCAGGGCCAGAGGCAUCAACUUCUCCACUGACUUGCCAGAUGACGUGCUGCACUUUGUCCGCCGCCACCCUCUCAUGGCCAAGCAGAUCCUCCCUGUGGGAGGACGCCCCCUACUGUUUAGGAGGUCUGUGGACUACUCUAAGAUAGCUGUGCACAGAGUGACUGCUCUGGAUGGCCAGACAUACCAUAUGCUCUUCAUUGGAACAGAUGAGGGCUGGCUUCAGAGAGCAGUGGAGGUUAAAAGUCAACUCCACAUCAUCGAAGAGCUGCAGCUGUUUGAAGGGCCACAGCCUGUGGACAGCAUAGUCAUCUCCCAAAAACAGAUGAGUGUGUAUGUGGGCUCGCAGUCCGCAGUCGUGCAGCUGCCCCUGUCCACAUGUCACAGGUACUCUUCCUGUUUCGACUGUGUAUUAGCACGGGACCCUUUCUGUGCUUGGGAUGGGGAGGAGUGUGUGGAGAUCACCUCACACACUGACAGAUCCAAUCUGACUCAAGACAUCCUGAAUGGGAAUGAGGGCUGUGAGAACUCUGCAGCAGAUGACCUGGUGCUCCAUCGCGUUCGCUCAGUGAUGGCAGGGGAUGAUGUGCUGCUGCAGUGUGAGCUCAGCUCCAACUUGGCCACCCCACAGUGGACGCUGCAUGGGCAGGAGCUACAGGGAUACGGACUCAACUCUGGCUACCGCAUCGGCACUGACGGCCUGUUGGUGAUCGAGGCACGGCCGGACCAGAGUGGCGAUUACAGCUGCUUCGCUUUGGAGAGCGGCGUCCGUGUCCCUGUGGUGAUCUACACUCUGACUAUCCGUCAUGACCUGCCUCCUGUACCUCCCAUAGAUAUGACCCACCCACCUCACCAGAGCGGUACCACCCAUCGCACUGCGCAAACAUCCAACAGGAGCAACCUGACCCUGCACCCUGCUCCUGCGCCCCAUCCUCCACAACUAGAGUUCCUGUCCUUGAGGAACAUGGAGGCCAUGUACCUUUCUCUGAUCACCAUCCUGGGUGGGCUGUGCCUGGUCUUGACCGUAGUCCUGCUGUAUGUUGGUUUCUGUGUGCAGACCAGAAGGGGGAAAUACUCUCUCCGGGCCGCAGCCCAAGCUGAAAGAAAGAGGAGCGGCCACAUGGAGCUGAAGACCAUUUCCAGCCAAUGUAACGGUAAAGUGGACACACAUGAUGGCCUACUGCAGAUUGUUCCGGGAGAAGCACAGGCAUCUCCCAAUAAAGACCUGCCACCUGCACCCCCACUGCCUCCACCACCGCCAAACUCGGAGUCGGAAUAUACGAAUGGCCUCUCAGCCACUCUGCCCAGUGUCUUACGCAAAAUGAAUGGCAAUAGCUAUGUGUUGCUUAGACAAAGUGAUGGAGACACCACAUCUCCUCUAUACUACUCUUUCACUGAAGAGCUCAACCGUAUCUUGGAAAAGAGGAAGCACACGCAGCUGUGUAACAAACCUGAUGAGAGUUCAGUAUAAAAGCUUCAGAAACAAUAGAGCUGUGGUCAGGUUGUUUUCCUACAAGGAUCUGCAGAAAUGCCAGAGGGCAAUUUGAUUCAUCUAAAAUCUAAUUGAAAUGGAAAAGAGGUUGAUUGAUGAAGUUCUCAAAAGUUUUUGAACAAGCGAUAAGACUAGUGUCCUAUAUUCCUGCCCAAUGGCAUUUUCAAAUCUUGUCUAUUGUUGUGAAGCGAGCAAAAACUCACUGAACAUGAAAAACAAGAAUAGAACAAAAGUUGUGAGUCAUAACUCACACAAUGGAUAAUCUACCUCGAAAGAACAUUGAACACAGCUGGGACAAUAUCAGUGUGUUCCACCGGGUGAGGCAAACUAGGCGUGAUGAGGUCAGAGCAACAGAACAGGAGCUUUUGCAUCUACUUCUACAAAGUGGUCUGUGUGGUGAGACCACCAUGUGAAAUACCAAGCUGAAGACUUAGGCAGCAGGACACAGCCUUGUGGAGUAUUUCUUCUUUUCAGUUAAAAGAACCACUAGCUGGAGUCUGUAUAUUUCCAGAUAAUUUGUUCUAGAUAUGGCUGCUUUUGAGCAAUACUGCUGAAGUGCAUUCAUUGUCAUAUUAAUUUUGUUGUGAUGUUCUGUUAUUUAUGUCAACACUGACCACACCAAUGACCUGUCAAUAACCCAAACUAACACAUGCACUGCGCUUAAUGUAGCAGUGAACCCUGAAAGAGACUAAUGUUGUAUGAGUCCAGCUUUCAUGGUUAAUAUUUAAGAAAAUGUGAGGAUGACAGUAUUAACUACUGGGAUGCACUUUAGUAGCAACGAGUAUUUACCAGAAAAAGUGCUGGUUCUGAAAGACAUUGAGAAUGUUAUGGAUCAAAAUGGAAGUCCUGGUUCUGGAUCCUUCAACAAUCAACACCGGCACUGGACCAAAAAGUAAUUUACUAGUACUUUACUAACCACUACAAUGAACAUUUUCAAUUAUGAACCACCACAUUAAUUUGUUUACAGUGACAUUAAUUCCACAGUUAAGCAGUUCAUAACCCAGACAAAAUGAACAAAUGAAACACAAAAGUAAAGUGUGAACCCAUCAGCAGUUCAGACCCUGUCUGUGUCUCAUGUGGUUAGCUUAUGGCUGAAUCAGUGUUCAUAGGAACAGACACAUUACCCUGCUGACUUCAUUGGAGCUCCAGAAAUUCGAUGGCUGCCAGUUCAUGACUUCAGAGGAGCAGAGGUCUGAAAAGAGCAGGUUGUUGCAGGCCAACAAGCCAGUUUCACCUCAUCUCUGAGAGGAGUGAAGUUGUGUUUUUUGGUGUUGUUUUUUUACAGCGGACUUUGCUAAAACAUAGUAACACAGUGUGCCAGAUUUGAUUUUUUGAGUAAUUAUAAAGAGAUGAUGAGCUGAUGUAUACAGCACUGUGCAAAAGUAAGAGACCACCCUUCUAUUUAUUUAAUUUCAUUUCCAAACGGCAAUUAAGUACGAGCUAUUUUUAAGUUUCUGAAAAAAGCAGGAAAUACACUCUUUAAAGAGUGUUCAAGUUUCAAGUUCAAGUUUCAAGUUUAUUUGUCAUUUGCACAACAUGUCAAGACAUUUAUGCAUUGAAAUGCUUGCGGUGAGGCUUAGGUAAUCACUCUAUAGAAAGUAAAUAAAAAAAGUAAAAUAUAAAAAAACAAAUUGAAAUACAUUAAAUAUACAGAAAAUAUAGAGAAAAAUACACAAAUAUAGAGACAAUAUAAAUUUUAAAGUGAUGUAAGUGACUCGGUGUUAUUGUUAUUUAAAGUGACGUAAAGUUUUAAAGUGUUAUUGUCCACAGCAGAGAUUAUAUGAUACAAUAAUAAUAAUAAUAAUAAUAAUAAUAAUAAUAAUAAUGCUGACAAGGGUUCUUUAGUAAAGACAGUGGUUCUAUGCAGUACCAAAAAGGGUACUGCAAGCUUAUAACAAUAGAAGAACCCUUUUUGGUGCUAUAUAAAAACAAGUAGGUUCUGUGUAGGACCAUAUACAAAACAUUCUAAAUCAAGCUGAAGAACCUUUUCAGCAGGCAAAUAGUUCUUUGAGUGUUCAUAGUGCUAUAUAGAACCAUUGCCUUUACUAAGGACCCAUAAAGGACAUCAAGAGUGUAUAUUUUAAAGAAAAGCUUUAAAACUAACCAUAUUAUUUUUUUACAAUAUUUAGUGUCAAUCCUUUUAUAGCUUCUACUCUUUUGAAGAAACUUGCUUUCGCAUUUUCAAAAAAAUCAGCAGGGAUAUUUUUCCACUUUUCCAAAGAUCAGUGUUAGAAGUUAGUUGCAUUUUCUGCAUCUCAGUCUCAGUUAAAUUUAUUCCUCCAUGAAACCUUGUUUCACACCUCAGAUGUCCAGUUUCAAAUUUCCAGAUCAAAUUGUCAUCUUUUUGUCCUUUUGUCAUCCUUUCAGACUCAUAGCAUUGACUUGCGUUCUCACAAUGGAAGGAUGGACAGAAACACCUGUUGAUUUUGUUUUAAGAGUGGAGCUUGAUUAUUUACUGUCUAUCCGAAAUGAAAGCUUUAAGUGCUGUUUAUCUGCUGGUGACAGUUUUUAUCUGUCUGCCAGGACUUGCAGGGUUGUUAGGGGUUCCGUUUCUCUGUAUCUUUUAAUCAUUUUUUGAACUCCAGUUUUGGAACUUCCUGGUUUUUUUUCACUUUUUUCUGUAUACUCUCUAUAGGUACCUGUCACUUUCAGCUUAGUAAACAGAGCAGAAGCCAAAGAUGAAAUAUUACAUGUUUAAGGAAAUGUGUCUAGAGCAGGUUGUUCUGGCUGUUGAGUAUUUCACAGGCAGGCUGAAUCAUUUAUCCUGUUUACUCCUCAUCUGCUGCAGGGAAAGCACUGUUUACAUCUGCCUGAACAUUCACUCUCUCCACUGCAUGUGUGCUGCAUAGCAUAGAUACUCCAGCCGGUCCUCAGGACUCCCAACCAGGACUUGCAGCACUAUUAUUCCUGUAAUGAAGGUCCAGUCUUAGAAGUUUUUUUUAUUCUCCUGAUCCAAAUAAUCCCAAUAACAAAUUUAUACUCAUUGGUAAACCUUAAACUGUACUCCACUCCAUCUCAGGUUUCAGUGUAUUUCAGAUGCUUUCUACUUUUUUUCUUUUUCUCAGCACAGUCCAGUAGAAACAUGCUGGUUGACAAGCUAAACCAGCACAAGCCAGCAUAAAACAGCUCUGUACUGUUUUUUUUCCAGUAAGGGCUUCUUGACAGGUACACAUCCUUCCAGAAUUGACUUAGGAAUUGUCUUCUCACAGUGGAUGGAUGGACAGAAACAUCUGUAUUUUUUCAGAUCUGAAGCAAGUGUGGAGCUUGAUUUUCUCCCCUCUCUUAAACAUGACAGCUUUAAAGUUUUUCUGAUGGUGACAGUUUUUAUUGGUCUACCAAUUUUCCCAUUUGUCCCAUUUUCUCUGUAUCUUGUAAUAAUUUGGAUUAACAUAUAUCUCAUCUCCUCAUAAAUAUAUCCUUUAAGCAUUUUAACAUAUCAGUAAGACAUUGGAGUAGUUAAGGUGUCUUUGAUUAGUUGCUCAUGUGCAUGUUAGGGAGCAUAAUGUUAGUAAGAGCAUUGGGAACAGUUUUCGUUGGGAGGAUAUAGCACUGUUUUAAGAUGGGAAGGGUAGCAGAGUUAAAGUGGCGGUAGGGAUCACAAAAGUAAAGAGUGGACAAAUUAAAUACUGAGAUUUUAUUUCAUACUUUGUGUAAUGUUCUGUUCAAAAGAUGUUUACUGCUACUUUGUAACACACAAGAAUGAAUAACUUGUACAUUAUGCCUAUUUUGAUUGACGAUGAAGUAGAAGAACGUGUGGUCUUUGGCUUUUGCACACAGUACUGUAUGCCUGAUGAAGUUGCCAGAGAAGUUCUCAAUUGUUUUGCUGGAGGAAACAAAUAUAAUAUUCUGUUUUAACAACUCUGAGCCUUUACAGUGGGUCUCAGACAGUGGGCCAAUAUUUAAUUCAUAUUAUUGUGAAUUCUUGAUCUUAACAUGUAUUUUAUUAUGUCAUUUUUGUUCAGCUGGUGAUGCAUGUGUAAGAGUCUUUUAGUUCUGUAACAACAAAUAUAAAUCUGAUGUAAAAUGCUGCUUUCAUUUCCAGUCCUAAUAACAUAGAUCUCCGCUGUCUCUGAGUAGAGAAACUCCCAGCUGCAAAAGCGAUGCUUUCAUAAAGUGAAGGCGUACAUAUUAUGUUCAGAAAACACUCUCUGAGCUCUCGUAAUAAACAAGACUGCAUUUCAGGGUCAUUUGAGAA